AUGGAUGCUUGGCUGUUAUUCCAAGGCUCGGGUUGUACUAGCUUCAUCAACCGCCAAAAGACACUCAGUCAUUAUAACCGCGAGCCAGUAAGAUGGACAAAGAAGCCAAGAAAACUGUUGCGCCGCGUGCUGGGCGACAAACACGCUACUCUUCAAUCUGGAGGAGCGCCUUCAUAUUGGACACCGGCAAGCCGUGUUCUGAGCGCUCCUAUCUUCUUCACCAGCAAAUCUCCAUUAGCAUUGUGCCGUAGAAUCGAGUUUCCAAAUGUGAUCUCAAUCGGCGGCAUGGGUAGAGGAAUCUCGGCCUCCCCCGCCGACCUCGCCGGCCUUUGCAAUCAAAUGAAGAUGGCCGCUUCUCCCGGGACGAGGGCGAUCUUGGAGAUCUUCCGCUGGCCUUCUGAGACACGGGGAUUGAAUAAUCGUAACCCCGCUAGCACCAUGAGUAUUGGAAAACCCUCCAGAUCUUGGCCGUUGAAACAUGGAAGAACCGUGUUUCCGCGUCAUGGAACCGCAAACGGAACGAGAUAUUGCGAACCCCUCGUUCAGCAGACCAUGGGUGGGCCGCUGCUGCUCUGUGUGACGUUAUCUUUGGAAUCCGUCUCUGGUGCCGUCUGGAAGUCUCAGUCAAACUCGGCGACGAGACAGUGCAAGCGCUGUCCGCGCUCCGAGAAUGAAUCUUUCACGAAAAAGGUCUUUGAGGCUCGGGGCGAGAUCAAUUGGCUGAUGGCAAGACAAGCAGCGGGGCGUACCCCAGAGCUCCCAAUUAAGAAAUCAGUCUUGAUCAAUGAAGUGCUGAAAACAAGCACAAAUUCGUCCCAAUUAUGCAAAGACGAAGUUGAAUGGGCAUUUCCAAAAGCGGGCUUUGUGAGAGACCUAGACGAGAAGGUCUUCCUAAGCCAGAGAACAUUUGUUCGGUAUACCCAGAAGGGGCAAGAGACGGUGGAUUCCGCCCGCCGUCCUGCACUGCUCAGAAGGAUGGCAGGAGGAUCGGAACAAAAUGCUGCUAGCACGACCUCCUUUUUCGAUCCCAUCAUAAGCCUUUGGUCCUUAUGCAAUGGGAGCCAAUGCCGUCCCAUUUUGCGUCUCGAUGGCGUGCAGACCAUCGCAGAGCUAGUCAAGGGGUUGUCCCCCCCCAAGCUGCUCUCCCUUCACAGCACCGCCAGUCUAGAAGGCGCCGGCCCCAAAUCGAGCCCAGGACCUGAUUUUACGUGUCUCUGGCCCGUGCCCCCCAUUGCGAUGAUCCGCCGAUAUCUGAGCCCGCGGCGACGGCCGUCGCGUUUCCGACUCCCCAGCUGGCUUUGGCUGCUUCUCGCGUUUGGUGUGAUGGAGUCUGUACUUCAUUGCAGAACCUUCAAUGCGCCACGGCCAACCGUCGAGCAAGAUCCGCCCUUCUACACGUCUUGUCGCGAACCAGAUGUGACAGGCAAACGUGAGAAUGGAGUUUUGGUGAUGUUGGCGAAGAACUCGGAGCUUAAGGAAGCCAACCAUACGGUUGCCUCGCUUGAGAAGCACUUCAACCGAUGGUUCCACUACCCAAUCGUCUUCCUCAACAACGAGCCAUUCGACGACCGUUUUAUCGAGGUGUUGAACAGUACGGCGAGCGGAGGGGCGACAUUUGAAGUGAUUCCGCAGGAAGACUGGACAUAUCCCGCGUGGGUCAACCAAACAGCCGCGAAGAGCAGUAUCGUUGAGCAAGGGGCGCGGGGCACUAUGCAUGCAGGCCAGGAAGGUUACCACCAUAUGUGUCGUUUCUAUUCAGGGAGUUUCUACCAGCUCGAAGCUCUGCGAAAGUACAAAUGGUACUGGAGACUGGAACCCGAUGUCGAUUUCCUCUGCUCGAUUACCUACGAUCCGUUCGUGGAGAUGGCUCGGCGGAAGAAGGUAUACGGCUUUACAAUCUCCUUAUGGGAAGAAUGGGACACGGUACCGUCACUCUUUCGACACACGGCCGAGUUCAAGGAGGCGUUCGAUCUGGCGUCUUCGGCAUUGUGGAAGGCCAUGAUGGAACCGUCAUGGCUUCCGUAUCCACUGCGGCCGCUGAUGAGCCUGCUGCCGCACCGCGAUCAAUCUGGCGACGCCUGGAGCGGCUGCCACUAUUGGAGCAACUUCGAGAUAGCAAAUCUCGACUUCUUCCGCGGAAAACAGUAUCAGGCUUUCUUCAAGGCGCUCGAUGAUACGGGAGGCUUCUAUUUUGAAAGGGAAGCCAAGCUUCUGCCUUCCUUCUCCACCGUGAGCUUUGAUGCUCCUUCUUCCAAGACUUGCCGAGUCGCAUCUCGUCCAACCACGUUCUCUCCCCUGUGCCCGAACCCUUGGCAGCCUGAAGUCGAUCACUAA